AUGUUCAUGCACAGUGCCAUUCCUGCCAUGCUGCUUGCAGCUCUCAGCCUACCCUCUGCCAUGGCGGCCCAGUGUUCUGCGGUCGGCCAAUACUCUACAAACUCCGCAGGAUUCGGUAGCGGUGGAAAUACUAUCUCCAACGGUGGCUCCCUCAAGCUUUACGAUGCUGAUGAUAACGAGAUCGGCGCUUAUGACGGUGACAAAUCGGUCUGUUCCGACCUCAUCACUUUUGGCUCCGAUUCACUGGACGACACCUUCUCAUGGGGCGCGGCAUGUGGUGGAAGUGGGCUUAGUGGUUGCCACGGUGCGUACGCCACACAGACUCACAUAGAAGGAGAGGACCCCACUAGUAGCACCAACUUCUACGGUCUUGGAGAAUCUGUUGAGUCUGAGUGCAUUGUCUACUUUGACUGCUAG